UUCCGUUUAUAUUCUAGGUUAUGUGUAACUACUGAAACCGUUAAGUAUUAUUUAUUUAUUUAAGAAACAAGUUUAAAAAUGUCUUUGGUACUCUCAUACUCACCGAAUUAUUUCUCGAUCGACGAUAUCCUCGCGUCUCAGGAGAGGACGCCCUGUAAAUUUCUCACGAACGUGCCAAAACUAGGUAAAUUGAAUCCUGCGUCCGAAGAUGACGAUCUAGCUGCGGGUACUUCUUUGGAACUGCCCAUAUGGUUGGUGCAACCGUUAAGCUCCGGUAGACACGCAAUCAUUGCUGCGGAUCUUCCGAGAAUCUACACGGAACCGUACAGGGAAAUCCUGAAGGCAGAUCCGGUCGCCGUCGAUCUGCACAAGUUCAAUUUGUACUUUUACGAGUUCGGCUUGUAUGCGAAAUCAUUCGACAUCCGAGGCGACGUCGCAACGACUUUAAUCUACACUUUCAUCACCAGAUUCAGGAAGAUCAUGGAUUUGGCGGACAACAUGGGCUUAGAUCCGCUGAUUAACGAUGGACUGGAUAUGCUGGAACGCGGUCUGUUCUUCGAGGGACACAAGGCGCGCACGAAAUUGAAUAAUUGGCUCAUUCAGACCGGAAUGCAAUUAGAAGCCGCCAACAUGGUAACAAAUCAUAAGAAGCGUAAACGGGUCAAUCUAGAAGAUAUCAUAUGAUUUCCUCUAUUCUACUAUAAACCUUUUAAA